AUGUCGGCUCCCCAGAUCGGGAUUGGCCCGUGGAGAACCUCCGCCCAGGGCCAUUUGACUCGCGAUGCCAACGGGGAUCUCAAGACCGACUACUCGCGCUGGCGACUGAGGGAUGAUCGCGGCCGUCAGACCUGGCAUUACCUCGAGUCCGACGAGGAGAACGAGAAUUGGCCCCAGACGGUCGCCGACAAGUACUUCCUGGGUCUGCCUACGGAAUUGCCGGAGCUCCCAACCCCCAAGUCUCCCCUGCAGAGUGCGGAGAAUGGCCUGGAGUUCUUCUCCAAGCUGCAGCUGGAACCGGGCAAUUGGGCGUGCGAGUAUGGCGGUCCCAUGUUUCUGCUCCCCGUGUUGAUCAUCACUUACUACUAUGCCACCGAGAUCAAGCGGUAUCUCUUCGCCCGGCAGCAUCCCGACGACGGCGGCUGGGGGCUGCACAUUGAGGCCCAUAGCUCCGUCUUCGGCACCUCUCUCAACUACGUCGUCCUCCGUCUCGUCGGGGUCGGGGAGGACGACCCUCGCAUGAUCAAGGCCCGCGGACUGCUGCACAAGUUCGGCGGUGCCAUCUACGGGCCCCAUUGGGCCAAGUUCCUACUCGCGAUCCUGGGUGUGAUGGAGUGGGAGGGCGUCAAUCCGGUGCCUCCGGAGACCUGGCUACUUCCGGACUGGGUGCCCUUUGCCCCCUGGCGGUGGUGGAUUCACAUCCGCCAGGUGUUCCUGCCCAUGUCCUACUUGUGGUCCAAGAGAUUCUCGCAUCCCUUGGACCCCCUCACCAAGCAGCUGCGGCAGGAGCUGUAUACCCAGCCCUAUGACUCGAUUGACUUUGCUAGCCAUCGCAACUCCAUCCACAAAGCCGACAACUACUACCCCAAGACCUGGCUGCUCAACACCCUGAACUUCCUCAUCGUCAACAUCUGGAACCCGUUCCUCCGCAUUCCCGCCAUCGUCCGUCGCGCGGAAGAAUGGACGUGGGAGCUGAUCCGCAUGGAGGACGAGAAUACCGACUAUGCGGGCCUGGGCCCCGUGAGCAACCCGCUCAACAUGAUCGCCUGCUACCACCACGAUGGGCCCGACAGUCACUCGGUCCGCCGCCAUCGGGACCGCUUGCACGACUACAUGUGGAUCAAGGACGAGGGCAUGCUCAUGAACGGGACCAACGGCGUCCAGGUCUGGGACACGGCGUUCAUCACGCAGUCCAUCGUGGUGGCCGGCCUCGCGGAUGACCCGAAGUGGCGGCCGAUGCUCACGAAAGCGUUGGAAUUCCUGGAAGACCAUCAGCUGCGCGAGAACGUGCCCGAUCAGGACAAAUGCUACCGACAACACCGCAAGGGCGCGUGGCCGUUCAGCAACAAGACACAGGGAUACACAGUCAGUGACUGCACGGCGGAGGGACUGCGGUCGACGAUCCAGCUGCAGGAGAUGCACCACUUCCCGCAACUGAUCUCGCCCGAGCGACUGAAGGACAGCGUCGACUGCCUGCUGCUGAUGCAGAACCCCUCCGGCGGGUUCACGGAGUACGAGACCACGCGCGCCUCCGAGAAGGUCGAAUGGCUCAACGCGGCGGAGGUCUUCGGCGGCAUCAUGAUCGGCUACGACUAUCCCGAAUGCACGACCGCCUCCGUCACCGCGCUGUCCUUGUUCAGCAAGUACUAUCCGAACUACCGCGCCGCGGAGAUCAAGGCCGCCAAGGAGAAAGCCGUCCGGUAUAUCAAGCGCGUGCAACGUCCGGACGGCAGCUGGUACGGGUCGUGGGGGAUCUGCUUCACGUACGCGGCCAUGUUCGCGCUGGAGAGUCUCGCCAGCAUCGGGGAGACGUACGAGACCAGCCCCGACUCGCGCCGCGGAUGCGACUUCCUCCUGUCCAAGCAGAAAGAAGACGGCGGCUGGGGUGAGUCCUACCUCAGCAGCGAGAAGCACUACUACGUCCAGCACGAGCAGUCGCAGGUCGUCCAAACCGCCUGGGCCGCUCUCGCCCUGAUGGAGGCCGACUAUCCCAACGCUGAACCCCUGCGCAAGGCCAUGAAGCUGCUCAUGUCCCGCCAGCAGCCCAACGGCGAGUGGCUCCAGGAGUCGAUCGAGGGAGUCUUCAACCAGUCUUGCAUGAUCUCCUACCCGAACUACAAACUCUAUUGGCCGAUCCGCGCAUUGGGUCUGUAUGCGCGCAAGUUCGGUAACGAGGACCUGGCCUAG